CUCAGCUUCCGAGGUCGGAAAGCUUCUGUCUCGGCUGAAUGUUCCAGACGGUGAAAUUCGGAAAGGCAGUCCCAUUAGGGAUCGUCAGAACGAAGCCCAAGUAGACGCUACGAAACAGUCUCCAGCGAAAGAGACAGGCGAUGCUGGAGGAAAAGAUGAGUGUAGUGCCACUGGAAGGGACCGCGUAACUCCACUGCAAGUACCAGGGCGCGAUGGUCUAGUUAAAAAGCAGGGGGUAGAUGGAAAGGGAGUCACAGCGCCUCUUCUCUCCUCGCGACUGCUCAACAAGAUGUCGCCGGAGAAGUCUGCGCGGGCUCUAGUGCCCGGAACAGAUGUGCAGGUAUUUGCAACUGCUGAUCGCCUGGCUACUCGGCACGGGAAAAAUGAGACCAGCGGAGGUGCACA